GAGCUUCUCGCACACGUCAAAACUGGAAACUGAUGGUUGUAGUUACCGACCUAACAACCAACUUUUCUCCAAUCACUUUUACUUUUUAACGAUACACAUGGAAAGUAUACUAUUUUUUGAAAAAACAAUGUCUAUAAGCCAAUGUAGACAGCAGAGUUUUGUUUGUCAUUAUACAGCAUAGUUAUCGAGACAACAGACCGAAACAAGAAGAGAGAAACUGAGUGAUGAUAAACAAAGCAUGAUAGCUAGCAAGCUAACGUCAGAUAAAUGAAUACUUGUGAGGUCACUUGAGUAAUGUUUUAGCAAGUUAACCGAAAAGACAGUUCAGUUUUCAGUGAGACGAACUAGCAAAAUGGAUUAUAAGAGCAAAAAGUCCACUCUGUCCGGGGAAAAAUCACAGGGGUCUGGUCACAAAAGUGACAAGCCACAGCAGAACAACUCGACGUCAAGAGUUGAUGGUGAUCAUGGUGGUGGGAUCAUUCACUGUCCUGUUACCAAGAACAUGAAACACCUCCUGGAUGAGUUCAAGGGGCUGUAUGAGGAGAGGUUGAGACGCCUAGAGUUUGACACAAGAGGGGGCACAAAUGAGGACAUUUUACAGAUGAAGGUCCGUAUCCUCCAGUCCUAUGUGAACGACUUGGGUGACCAGAACCAAGUGCUGGUCCAGACAGUGGAGGACCUGGAAACAGAGGCCAACAACAGAGUCUGCACCAUAGAGGCCAAGCUACGCACCUCUGAUCAAAUCAUUUAUGAUCUGGAGCAGCAGAGGAGGGUUCUGGAGGAGAGUGUGUGUAGUCUGCGCUCUGAGAACCGGGACCUGAAGACUGACAUGGACUCCCUCACAAACUUCAUCCAACAAGCCAGACACCAACACACCUUGGUUGUUUCUGGGGUCACUCUAAGGACAGGCUCGUUGGAGAAGAUGAUUGAAACCUCGACUCAUACCCCUAUGAGUCCUAACCUUGAGGUAGAGGAUCUGAGGAGCCAGCUGAGGACUAGAGACAGAACCAUCCAUUGUCUGGAGAGAGACAUCAAGACCUUCCAACUGGAGAAUAACACACUCAACAAAACUGAGGUGGAGAGUGUCAGGGAGGAGGAAGAGAGACAGAGGAGGGAUAUUCUGACUCUCAGACAGAGAGAGAAGACUCUUCUAUCAGAGUUGCAGACCCAGGAGAGGAGGCUGUGUGAGACCCAGAGAGAGAGCAGAAUGAGGGUAGAGGACACGGCUCGCCUACAGUCUCAGCUGGAUCAAGUCCAGAGCUCACACACGCAAACUAUGCGCCAGGCAGAGGCCAAAAUGGUGGAGGUGAGGACCGAACUGAGUGAUGAGUAUGGGAGGAGACUGGAGGAGAAGGAAGAAGGAAUGAAACGGAUAACCGAAGACCUGAAUAAUGUGAGGGAGAAACACACCUCUGCCAGGGAUCAGUUGAGGAGUACAGAGGGUAUUCUCCAGUCUCUGAGGAUGCAGCUACAGGACAGAGACAGUCAGCUGGAGAAUGCUACUAACAAGAUCUUUACACUAAAGACUUCUCUGAAGGAGGCUGAGGAGAGUUGUGUGGCUGCUAAGACAGAGGUCCAGACUCAGACGACACUACUGGAGGAGAUGAGCAGAGAACUGGGGAGACUCACACUGGCUCAGAAUAAAUCUGUGGAAGAGGUGAAUGAGCGUGGGGAGAUGCUGAGACACAUGAAGCAGGACCUGUCUGCACUGAAGGCCACUCAGGACUCACUAAAGAGAACCCUCAGUAUGAAGGAACAACACACACACCAGCUAACACACGACAACACACACCUCCGACAAAACCUGGACACGCUAAAGAACAAGCUCCUGGUUAGUGAGGACAGGGUGUGUACUCUGUCAGUAGAGCUGGAUGAGUUGAAGAUCGGUCUGGGUAAAGAGAGAGAUCAGUGUCAGCAUCUCCAGGACCAGGUUUUACAGCAGAGUCAGGAUCUGGUGCGGGCCAACAACACACUCACUGACACACGCAGAGCUGCUGGCAGGAAGAUCCACAAGAAGGACAGCAAGCUGUCUGUGUUAUUGAAGGAGCUAGCAGAGGUUAGAAAUAACUUCUCAGACUGUAAAAAAGAGUUGCUCAGUAGAGAGUCUGCAUUGGCAAAACAGCAGGAGGAGACGGCUCAGCUGAGAUCCAAGAUGGAGGACUGUUCCCUUCAAUGUUCAGCUCUGAACAGGGAGAAAGAGAGACUGGAGACAAACCUCACACUUACUAACCAGAAACACUGCACCGCACAAGGAGAGGUGAUUCUACAGUUGAGGACAGAGCUGAGUAAAGCGGAGCAGAAGUAUCUAGGGACACAGGAGGAGCUGGCCAUGCUGGAGGCUGAGGUCAGCCGUCUGAACCAGAAGGUCAAGGGUCAACAGGAAGAGGCGUGUCUUCUCAGGCAGAUGGUCAGAGAGGGGGAGGGGCUUAGAGACCAGGAAGUGAUGGAACGACAACAGAUACAGAACGCACUCUGUAUCGCACAGCAACAGGUGAAGUCCCAGAACAUGUCUAUAGAGCAGCUAACAUCUGAUCUAGACUCAAUGAAACAGAACCACAGAGCCGACACAGAGCGCUGGAGCCACAGGCACUUCCUGCUCAGCAGCCAAUUAGAGCAGGCUUCCUCUGAGCUAAGCCGAUCCCAGGCCGAGGUCAGAGAGCGCAGGUCAGAGGUCACAGAGCUGAGGGGAAAGCUCCAACUGGCAGAGGAGGUAUACCAGGAGGCUCUGGAGAAGGUUGAAGAAGCUAAAGGGGUUGAAAACACACAAGACACUGAGAUAGAGCUUUUGAGACAACAACUGACGGACCUCCAGGAGGACCUGAGUGAAACCACGUCCAGGACUCAGGGCCAGGAGGAGAAGGCGGCCAUCUUUAAACAGAAGUACUGCGUUGCCAUGGAGAAAGUGCAGCAGCUCCAGGGACACAUAGAGUGUGUGGAGGAGGAGCUCAGAUACACACAACAACAGCUGACUGAAUCCAAGGCAGUGGUAGACAGGGUUAAGGCGGAGCUUACAGAGCUGGAAGGGCGCUACGAAGAAAAACUUGACCAAUGGGAGCGCUCGGAGGAAGCCCUGGACCAACUGACUGACGAGCUGCAGGCCAAUCAGAUGGCUCUGAGGGAGGGGCGGGAGAGAGUGGAACAGUGUGAAGGAACCAUACAACAUCUACAGCAAGAGAUGGACACACAGAAAACUCAGAUACUAAAGUAUGAGAGUUCUCUGAAGUCCUACCAACAGAAUUACUCCUACUCUGAUGAGCAGUAUUGUGCCUUACAAAGACAGAGACUACAACUGCAGAAGCAAUCCACAGAGCAGGUAGGGCGCUUGGCCAAUUGCGAACAGGCCAUGCUACAGAUGAGGGCAGAGUAUCUUCGCAGGGAGGAGGAACUAGAGAAGCAGAGCCAGGAGAAGGCGGGGCUAGAGAGAACCCUGCAAUCUCUUCACCUGGACCUGGCCGCCUCCCACCGCAAACAUCUGGUCACUCACACACAGCUGGAGCAGGAAGUGACACAGCUACAGGAGGAAGUGACACGCCUACAGGAGGAGCUGGUCGACACCCACGACACCUGUACACAGAGACAACAGACCAUCCAGGGGCAGGAUGUCUUGCUCCAGCAAGUUGAGGAGGACCUGAAGGAAACCAAGCUGCUCCUUCAGAGGAGAACCAAGGAUCUGAAGGAGGAGAAAGUCUGGGUGCAGAGGCUCAGAAAGGAGGCGCAGGAGCAGAGAGAGGAGGAACACAGACUUGGUGAGGAGGCCAAGGAGAUGCUAAAGAGGAAAUGCAGGGAGCUGGAGGAAGAGAAAGAGGAGGUGAAGAGGAGAAGCAGGGAGCUGGAGGAAAAGAAAGAGGAGGUGAAGAGGAGAAGCAGGGAGCUGGAGGAAGAGAAAGAGGAGGUGAAGAGGAGAAGCAGGGAGCUGGAGGAAGAGAAAGAGGAGGUGAAGAGGAGAAGCAGGGAGCUGGAGGAAGAGAAAGAGGAGGUGAAGAGGAGAAGCAGGGAGCUGGAGGAAGAGAAAGAGGAGGUGAAGAGGAGAAGCAGGGAGCUGGAGGAAGAGAAAGAGGAGGUGAAGAGGAGAAGCAGGGAGCUGGAGGAAGAGAAAGAGGAGGUGAAGAGGAGAAGCAGGGAGCUGGAAGGGAAGAAAGAGGAGGUGAAGAAGAGAUCUAAGGAUUUGGAAGAGGAGGUGAAGAGGAGAAGCAGGGAGCUGGAGGAAGAGAAAGAGGAGGUGAAGAGGAGAAGCAGGGAGCUUGAGGAAGAGAAAGAGGAGGUGAAGAGGAGAACCAGGGAGCUGGAAGAGGAGAAAGAGGAGGUGAAGAAGAGAUCUAAGGAGUUGGAAGAGGAGGUGAAGAGGAGAAGCAGGGAGCUGGAGGAAGAGAAAGAGGAUGUGAAGAGAAGAACCAGGGAGCUUGAGGAAGAUAAAGAGGAAGCGCAGACACUCAAAGAGGCCCUGUUGGAACUACGCAGGAGUCACAGACAGACAGUGGAGGAGCUGUCAUGUCGUGGAGAGGAGGUUUGGAGGUUGGAGGGGAGUGUGAGAGAAGGAAGACAGGCAGAGGAGAGGAGGAGGCUGACAGUGGAGAGUCUGGAGAGGCAGUCUGCAGAGCUGAGACUGGCCCUACAGCAGGCCAUGGAGAACACACUCAACACACAGAGAGACAACCACACAACACAGGAACAAGUGAAGACAUUGGAGGAGGAGAACAACUCAUUGACCAAUCAGGUGAGGACUUUGGAGGAGAAGUACAGCUCGUUGACCACUCAGCUGCUGAGGUCACAGAGCCGGGGCCAAGACGACGUCCAGCGGCUAGCCAAUCAGGAGGAGCGUCUGGUCGUACUGAGGACAGAGUCAGAGACGCUACAGGAGAAGUACAGCAGCAAGGUGAAGGAGCUGGACACACUGCGGUUGGAGGUGGAGGGGGCGUACUCUGACAACGCGCACCUCCGCCAGGAGAGCCAGGUGGUCAUGGCCAACGUCAACCGCUGGGUCAAAGAGCAGAGGGUUGCCAGUGAUAGUCUAGCUGCUAAGAUCAGAGGUCAGAACAAGGUGCUGCUCAUCAUCAGUGAGGAGAAACAACAUCUUCAGGAGGCUAACAGGGCCCUAGAGGAGGAGCUGAGGAAAUUGGGAGAUGAGGGGGAGGAGAAGGAGAGAGAGAUGGAACGCUUAAAGGCCCAGGUUCAAGACCGGGGUCAACAGCAGGAGGAGGAGAGGGAGAGCUUUGUGACCACCAACCUGAGUAGGAUCCAGUACAUGCAGGUCAGACUGAGAAGCAACCUGGAGGCUAUAGGCUUGCUCAACAAACAGCUGAGUGCUCUGGGAGGAGAGAACGAGAGAUUGCGUCUGCAGCUGGAGGAGGAGAGAGCAGAGCGCAGACGAGUGAUACCGCCAACCAACCACCGGAGGGGUACCUCCCUCCUUCCCCUCUCCCUCACCCACAGGUCUUCCUCCUCCCUUCCCUCCCUCUCCCCCUCUCUGGAUAGAGACACAGGAUACCCUCCCCCUGCCUCCCACCUUUCCCCCUUCCCUUUUCACCACCCCCCCAGCCACAGCCCCAGUCCCAGGCCAGGGGAGAAGGACAGUGCCCUGACCCGAGCAGAGUUGAGCGUGGCUGGGCCGCGGGAGCCAGGCGAGGCCCAGGCUGUUACUGAGGCCUACUGGGUGAGGAGGGUGGGAGAACUAUCAGUACAGUUGCAGGACAGAGAGCUCUACUGGUCAGGUAGGAUCAACCACCUCGCUACAGAGAUACGACAGACCAAGGACGCUUCGCCCCUCACCUGACCUCCCACUGACCUCUAAACCCUGUUCCCUGACCCCUGACCUCUAAUGCCUGACAUCUCUUCCUUGUUUGGCUGUUGUUUUGGAUGGGUUCAGUUAUGAAGCCAUAUCAUUGUCUCUGAUCACUGUAUGACUGUGUACCAUGUGCUGCAAAUGUUGACAUUUACAUCUACUUUGAGUUUGCGCGUCAUUUGUGGUUAGUGUGAGUGUGUGUGCAUGUUCCUGCACUUGUAUAGUGCCUUGUAACAUGGAGACUAUUGUAGUAAUAUUGAUAGUUAUUGUUGUCUCUCUGAGUUCCAGUUUGAUAAUAAAUCCACAUUUUUUAAAAAUCCCGUUUUAUGUUUAAAGUUGUCACUGAAAGCCAGAUAGUUGUCACUGAAAGCCAGAUAGUUGUCACUGUAGGCCAGAUAGUUGUCACUGAAAGCCAGA